AUGAUCACCAGCUCCAUACUGUCCAUCUACUACAACGUCGUCAUCAUGUACGCCGUAUACUACAUGUCUGUCAGCUUCGUCUACUGGAUAGCACAGUCGUGUGAAAAUGAAGCCACAACAGCUGAAGCAACAGAAAAGGAGACCACAGCAGCAGACGCAACAGUAAAGGAGACCACAACAGCUGGCGCGACAGAAAAUGAGGCCACAACAGCGGAAGCAAUAGUAAAGGAGACCACAGCAGCAGACGCAACAGUAAAUGACGACACUACAGGUGGCGCAACAGUAAAUGAGACAACAGCUGCAGCUGACGCAACAGUAAAUGAGGCCACAACAGCUGAAGCAACAGUAAAAGAGACCACAGCAGCAGACGCAACAGUAAAUGAGGCCACUACAGCUGACGCGACAGUAAAUGAGACAACAACAGCAGACGCAACAGUAAAUGAGGCCACAACAGCUGAAGCAACAGUAAAGGAGACCACAGCAGCAGACGCAACAGUAAAUGACGACACUACAGGUGGCGCAACAGUAAAUGAGACUACAGCUGCAGCUGACGCAACAGUUAACGAGGCCACAACAGCUGAUGCAACAGUAAAUGAGGCCACAACAGCUGAAGCAACAGUAAAAGAGACCACAGCAGCAGACGCAACAGUAAAUGAGGCCACUACAGCUGACGCAACAGUAAAUGAGACAACAACAGCAGACGCAACAUUAAAUGAGGCCACAACAGCUGAUGCAACUGUAAAGGAGACCACAGCAGCAGACGCAACAUUAAAUGAGGCCACUAUAGCUGACGCAACAGAAAAAGAGGCCACAGCAGCAGACGUAACAUUAAAUGAGGCCACAACAGCUGAAGCAACAGUAAAGGAGACCACAGCAGCAGACGCAACAUUAAAUGAGGCCACUAUAGCUGACGCAACAGAAAAUGAGACCACAGCAGCAGACGUAACAUUAAAUGAGGCCACAAGAGCUGAAGCAACAGUAAAGGAGACCACAGCAGCAGACGCAACAUUAAAUGAGGCCACUAUAGCUGACGCAACAGAAAAAGAGGCCACAGCAGCAGACGUAAUAUUAAAUGAGGCCACAACAGCUGAAGCAACAGUAAAGGAGACCACAGCAGCAGACGCAACAUUAAAUGAGGCCACUAUAGCUGACGCAACAGAAAAUGAGGCCACUACAACUGCAGCUGACGCAACAGAAAAUGAGGCCACUACAGCUGACGCAACAGUAAAUGAGACAGCGACAUCUGAUGCGUCAGUAAAGGAGACCACAACAGUGAAGGAGACCACAACAGAUGAAGCGACAAUAAAGGAGACCACAACGUCUGACGUGACAGUAAAUGGGGCCACUACAGCUGAAGCAACAGUAAAGGAGACCCCAGCAGCAGACGCAACAGUAAAGGAGACCACAGCAGCAGACGCAACUGUAAAGGAGACCACCACAGUUGAAGCGAGAGUAAAGGAGACCACAACAGUUGAAGCGACAGUAAAGGAGACCACAGCUCCUGAAGCGACAGGAAAGGCAACCACGACGAUAGCUGACACGACAUCAAAAGAGACCACGACCACUACAGAAGCGACUGUAAAAGCAACAACAAGUAUACCGUAUUAUGAUGACGAGAAUAUCAGGGUCAUGGUAGAGCCACCGGAAACUACCACAACAGAACGUGUUACAUUCCAAACUACUACAACUAUUGAUCCUCCCAUGUACUAUGACUAUUAA